CAAAUACAUUUUGAUAGCAUAUGGUCAUACAGCAUCCCUGUGGAGGACAACUACACCGUGUCCGCUCUAAUCGAAAGGGCCAACAAGAAUGCAGGGCAGGAACUUGAUGAUCCGGAGAUCGUGAAGGGUGAUAUUGCCGUGUACACUGGGCUCCAGAAUGCUGACCCUUGCACCUCCCGUGGCUGCAAAUGGCGCAGCUCCAGGAAUGGCAAUGUCUAUGUUCCAUACGUCAUCGCCAAGCAGUACUGUAAGGAACAUUCUUUUGCCAGGUCCACCUGCAUCCGCUUCACAAGACGCACAUCGCAGAAAGACUAUUUGUACAUCCAGUCACGCUCAGGGUGUUGGUCCUUCGUCGGGCGUAGAGGUAAAAAGCAGGUGGUGUCCCUGGCUAAGAGUGGGUGUGUGUACCACAAGGUGAUCCAGCACGAGCUGCUGCACGCCCUGGGCUUCAACCACGAGCAGAGUCGCAGCGACCGUGACUCACACGUCCGUAUUCUCUAUAAAAACAUCAUCAAGGGGAAAGAGCACAACUUCAGGAAGAUUAAAACCAACAACCUGGGUACUCCCUAUGACUACGGCUCAAUCAUGCAUUACGGUCGGAAAUCCUUUUCCCGCAACGGGAGGCCCACCAUCGUCCCCAUUCCCAACCCCAAUGUGGUCAUCGGGAAGGCCUCCAAGAUGAGCCGCUUUGACAUCAAGCGAGUCAACCUUCUCUAUAAAUGCUAA